AAGAGAGGUAAGCGGUUAAAUCGGAUUGGAUUGGGGCGCAACUAGCGAGCAAGCGGACGUGGAAACUGGUUUGGUUUUGUGGGGCUUGCACCACUGCACCGCUCUUUCAGUGAGACAGUCCAAUUUAUGCAUUGCGGCUAUGUAGGGACUACACGAUAUCAAAACGCUGCGCCCGGGCUUACUUCACUUACCAUCAUCAUCGUUGCAAUAUUAUCAGAACUUUGCAAGUGCCUACAAGAUCAAAUUCACUGCAGUACAUCUCUGGUUAUACAACACAGUGAUUAUAUUUUGUUACGCGCAUUGGAAAAGAGUGGUGUAAAAUCAAACGCGAAAGUGAAGCAAGAUACACGGAACACGUCCGAGUUUACGAAAAUAUUGGUGAAUUUCAGAAUAUGAAUUUUAUACCAGUUGGAAGAUUGUGACCGUUUUGUGACGUACCUGGUGCUUCGUUAUAGAAUUUGCUCAAAAUUCAUACGGAAAAGGCUUCAAAUCUCGUACAGCUAUGGCGGAAGGGAAUGGGGAAAUAAAAAUGGAAGAAAAACAGCCUAAGGAAGAAAUGGAAUAUGUGGAAAGAACAGAAGACUUUUCAAAACUGAUCCAAUACGGUUUGGAUGAAAAAGUAGCCGCUAAAUUAGAUGAAAUUUAUAAAACUGGAAAAUUAGCUCACGUGGAUUUGGAUGAAAGAGCAUUGGAUGCUCUAAAGGAAUUUCCCGUUGAUGGCGCAGUGAAAGUACUCACUCAGUUUUUGGAGUCUAAUUUAGAGCAUGUGUCCAACAAAUCAGCAUAUUUAUGUGGCGUAAUGAAAACCUAUAGGCAAAAAAGUAGAGCAGGUCAAGGUACUGGUACUGGUACAAGUACAACUCCUAAAGCUCCAGAUGAGGAUAAGAUAAAGAUGAUCCUCGAACGAACCGGCUAUCCUUUGGAUGUAACUACAGGACAAAGAAAAUAUGGAGGACCACCUCCGAAUUGGGAAGGUCCCACACCUGGAACUGGUUGCGAGGUAUUUUGUGGAAAAAUCCCAAAAGAUAUGUAUGAAGACGAAUUAAUUCCUUUGUUUGAAAAAUGUGGAAAAAUUUGGGAUUUGAGACUAAUGAUGGAUCCAAUGGCAGGUUGCAACAGAGGAUAUGCAUUUAUCACUUUUACUGACAGAGAAGCAGCACAGCAAGCGGUCAGAGAGCUGAAUGAUUAUGAGAUUCGGAAAGGGAAAAAGAUUGGUGUUACCGUAUCUUAUAACAAUCACCGCUUGUUUGUGGGAAAUAUUCCAAAGAAUCGAGACCGAGAUGACUUGUUCGAAGAAUUUACAAAGCACGCACCUGGCCUGAUGGAGGUGAUUAUCUACAGCUCGCCGGACGAUAAGAAGAAAAAUAGGGGUUUUUGCUUCUUAGAAUACGAAUCUCACAAAGCAGCAUCCUUAGCGAAACGAAGAUUGAGCACGGGUCGCAUCAAGGUCUGGGGCUGUGACAUAAUAGUCGAUUGGGCAGACCCUCAGGAAGAACCCGACGAGCAAACGAUGUCGAAAGUGCGCGUACUUUAUGUGAAAAACUUGACGCAAGAUUGUUCCGAGGAGAAACUGAAAGAGUGUUUCGAGCAGUACGGUAACAUCGAAAGAGUGAAAAAGAUCAAGGACUACGCUUUUGUACAUUUCGAGGAACGGGAGAAUGCGAUCAAAGCGAUGAACGAGUUAAACGGGAAGGAGAUUGGUGGCUCCCACAUAGAGGUGUCUCUCGCAAAGCCACCGUCCGAUAAAAAGAAGAAAGAGGAGAUGUUGCGCGCUAGGGAACGAAGAAUGUACCAAAUGUUGCAAGUCCGGAGCGGAGGUUCUCCGUCGCAUCCGAGUAUGAUGGGAGGACCGAUGCAGGUACGUGGACCCGGCCAAGGUCCUCGCGGCACCGGUGCAGGUAUGCGAGGACAAAUGGGACGAGGCGAUUAUGCUCUCGUGGAAAUAGAUUAUGAUUACGACUAUUACGGUUAUGGGGAUUAUCGAGGUGGCUACAGUGAUCCAUAUUACGAUGACUAUUAUCGAUACGAGGAUUACUAUUUCGAUUACGCGCCGCCUCCGCCACCUGCCAGAGGGAGAGGCAGGCAGCCUCAACCGGCUGGACGUGGUCGUGGAGUAGUGCCCCGUGGCCGAGUCGGUGGGCCGCAAGUCCGUGGUCCAGUCAGGGGGGGACGCAACCCCGCAACUUCAGGGGCCCGUGGGCUCCAGCGCCUGUCCGCUCGUGGGGGGGUCCGCGCCAAGGGAAGUUUACCAGGUGAGGAUGCAGGUAAACGAAAAUUUGACGGGGGUCACCAGAACCAGGGGGAAUCUAAGCGUCGCUUCCAGAGCAAUUGGGGAAACCAACCCCUCGCCCAACAACCAUUGGGUAAUGCGUACGGAUUGGCGAGUGUGAACGGUGGUAGUGGUGGUGGUGGCGGUGACAUCGGAUUCGGCGGCAGGCAAGCCGCGCUCGGCGGUGUUUCCAACGACGAUCACGAGUGGUACCAAGACUCUUACCAGUCGUGGAGCUAA